AUGAGAAACCCGCUUAUUGAAGCAACAAAGGAUGGCAUCUAUGAGUUGGUAAUCCAAAUCCUUGGGAAAUUCCCUUACGCUGCAUAUGGCUAUGAUGAGAAUGGAAAGAACAUAAUCCACAUAGCAGUGGAGCAGAAAGAUAGAAUUCUAUAUGAGUAUUUCAUGAAGAACAUUAUUUCUAAAAAAGAUAUGCUGGCAGAUGUUGAUAAUGAAGGCAACACAAUAUUGCAUCUUGCAGCCAGACUCGGAACAACUCCUAGAGUUCUUCUUGGAUGUUUAAACCAGAUGACAUGGGACAUAUGUUGGUUUACGCGUGUAUGGUAUGAACACAAGUUCCUAGAACAUUUCCUAGAUCAUGAAAACAUUAAUGGGAAUACUGCGAGAGAUCUAUUUGAAGAAAAUCACUCAAACCUAAGACAACAAUCUGAGAAAGCACUCAAAGAUAUGAACAAUAGUCUAAUGGUGGUUUCUGUUCUCAUUGGCACCGUCAACUACACAGCACUUUUUACUAUCCCUGGAGCUUUCAAUGGAACAACUGGUCUUCCAGUUGUUAAAUAUACAAAUGGACAUGAGCUUAACGUCUUCAAUUUCUACGUUACUUUGACUCUGAUUUGUUCUCUAUUCGCUUUGAUAAUGAUGCUUUCAAUUCAAUUGUCAAGGUUUCGUAGCAGUGAUUUCUACAUGGCUUUGCCAAUGAGAUUUUUUUGUGCUAUGCUUACCUUGUUCAUAUCCUUAAUCUACACCGUCGCGGCAUGUUCCCAAGCCUGUGUUCUUGAAGCGAUGACCCAUGUCCAAGUCAUGGCUAGGUUGACUCAGUUAUCAUCCAGUGUUGUGUUGGCCCUAAUUUUCGUUGACACAGUUUACCUGACCGUGACUUACAUAUGUUUUGCCGUACAUUGGUCACUUUACUAUAAAGGCCAGGAAUCGUUACGUCUCAUUUUUUAA